UUGUUACACAGCACGACGUCGGGUAGGUAUAAAAGGACUGAGCGGGUGAGUGCGUGUACUUCUAGGCGACAGGUAUCAUUGACAUCAAAUUGCAGGAGGAAAGCAUGGAGUUUUUGAAAGUCCUCGUGGUCGUGUUGGUAGUUUUGCACGGUUCGCUAUCAAGGCCAGCGAGUUCUGAGGAUGAACUACUUGUCAUCGUCGGAAAACUAGAGAGACUCGCAGCAAGCUUAAGACAGUAUGUAGUUGAUGGAAGUAGGCCUGAGUAUUCCAUGAGGGGUAUCGGACCACUGAGCGGGUCUAGGCCAGAAUUUCAUAUCCCCGGUACCAGACCACUCGGACCUUGGGGGCUCGAUAAUGAUGCACUUGACCACUCCUCUCCAAACAAAUGGCUAUACAAAGUGAUUGAAAAGCUUCUGAAACCAUAUUUCCGCAGUUUCCCAAGAGGACCAUAUAAAUUGGAGAUGCCGUUAACACCACGUAAUGUUGUUACAAUGCUGAAUGUGUGGUAUAACGACGCUGACCAAAUGAUGCUCAAAGAACAGAGUUUUGUUAACGUUGCCAGAGAGCUCUUGGACGCCCAUUUCCAGUGUGCAACGACAAGAGUCAACCAAAUAGUUUUCUAUGUUUUCAAGGACCAAGUACGUACAAUGGCCGAUGAUUGGAAAAUUAACACUGGCGUGAGGAAAGUCUUAGAGAACUGGAUAUCGGACAAGGCCGUUGUGGACGACGUCACCCAGAAAAUCGUUAUGGCAGCGCACGGGGACAUUAUGGAACAUAUUGAAUAUUUCCAACUCCAUGAUAUCGUGGAAUUCCUCGCAAAAAUGAAAAUGCUCAUGUGGAAAGCUGAGCAGGAUAACUGGACACCAGUCAUGUUCGAUGAGAAACUGAAUCAACUUUUGACGGACAAUGGCUUCGUCUUCCAAUGUCCGAGUGUGCAUGAUCUAUGGAAAUCUCGAAAAAACAUUGUUAGCCGUUUUGAACCGAGGUUGUCCGAAAUCAAACCCUUCGCCGAGACGGAAGCUUGGCUAAAGAAAAUCCUACCCACAUACAUCACUACAGAUCCCACCCCCGCCAUUACUGCCAUCCUCCAGGUGUACGCGGACUACGCCAAGUCGGUCAUGUUACACUUCGAACAAGUGGAGAAGCACGUGACCAGCGGAAAGACGACCGACAUCACGAAUUUUAUAUCCCAGUUUCUUACACCACAUCAACUCCAGUAUUUGCAGUCCAUCUUUGAAUUCCUCAAUUCAGGGGAUAAUCGCGACAUCAUGGGAAUGGAACAAAUGAGGAACGAAAAUACCGGUAACGGACGUUCAACGUAUACAUGCAGCGAAUUCAACGGGGAAUGUAGAUGAAACAGACGCCUGGACUGUAUGACGUAUCGACAUGUGAUGUCCAAACCAUGUGAAAAGGGCUAAUCCUUGCAGAAAUCAUUGACCCUUUUGUAGUGCUUUCAAAACCCUCUUUUGAACAAUAAAAUAUCAUACCAAA